AUGUCAACCACAAAUGGACAUACGGGUAUAUCCAUCAUGAACAAUGGGCUCCGACGCGGCCAGGGCUAUCCGAACACGCCCAACAAGCUCCCGCAACAUGCUGCCCCGUACCAGCAGCAGGCCUUCAACUCGCAGCAGCCUCCACAGGCCCAGUAUCCUCACCACCUCUUCACGACUCCUAAUCCGUCGCCUGUCCACAACAUCCCCAGCGUGCAAAAUGGCCCCAGGGCCCAGCAGUCCCACCCUCAGCUGCCUGUCCCUAGCUCGCGUCAGCAGCGUGCGACGACACAUCAGAUGCCGUCCAGUAACACUCAGCUGAACUAUCUAGUGAACCAGCAGCCUCUGCCACAGCAGUCCAUCAGCCAGCAACAGCCCGUGGGCCAGCAGAUGUCCAUGAACCAGCAUGUCUCCCCGAACGAGAACCCCAUCAUCUCCCAGCCUCCGCCUCAACACGCUCAUACCGCCCAGCAGCCCGUCUUGACGCCUCAGCCGCCUCAACCUCAGCUGCAACCACCCCCACAGCCCCAGCCCCAGCCUCAGCCGCAGGCACAGCAACCCCCACAACUUCAGGCCGAAGCUUCGGUGCAGAGUCAAGAGGGCCAACACGAUGACACUAUGGAGGUCGAAAGCCAGGGUGAGGACGAUGGAGACGACAGCGCUCUCGACAAGACGGCCGACAACGGGACCCCGUUCGUGCCGCGCACUCCGAUGGGCUCUAUGAUGUCAGCUCCGCCCGAAGGCGGGAGCUUUCCGACCCUUGACGCCGUACACAAGGCAGUCCUGGAGUAUUGCACGUCGGUUGGCUAUGCUAUCGUCAUAGGCAGGUCAAAGAAGACGGUGCCAGGGUUGAAGAAAGUGCUGUUUGUCUGUGACCGGGCGGGCAAGCCCCCGAAGCGCGUCAGCCCUGAGAUGCGAAAACGAAAGACAUCCUCCCGCAAGUGUGACUGCCAAUUCGGUUUCUUCGCUAUUGAGCAGAGGACGCAAUGGACUGUCCGUUACCGUCCGGAUUCCGCUCACCUUCAGCACAAUCAUGGCCCGAGUGAGAGCCCACUCCUGCACCCCGCUGCACGCAAACUCGACAGCAAGAUGGUUGCUGCAGUCAAGACACUAAAGGAAAAUGGCGUGGGCGUCAGUGCAACAUUGGAGAUACUGCAGUCAGAGAACCCACAUGUGCCACUUCUUCCGCGGGAUAUCUACAAUGCCAGAGCAGCCAUAAAUCGCAACCCUCAGAAGAUUACGGCUGCACUGGCUGAGGACCGGCCUGCCAUCUACAGCAAGCCGCACCCAAGCGCUGAGGAACGCAUCAGGGCUGACCUGCGUCGUGAGCUCGCCAAGGCCCGCGAGGAGUUCGACAAGAUCAAAGGGGAAAGCGACAAGAAGAUCAACGAGCUGGAGGAGAAACUCCGCGAGAAAGACAAGAUCAUCAAGAAGUACGAGAUGUUCGUUGAUCUGUGCAAUGAGCGUGUAAUGAUCCAACGGGAGAAGCUCAAGGACAUCGACGACAAUGGUAAUGCCAGCAGGCCUUGA